GCACAACAACAAGAAAAAGAGUUGCAGUAAGCAGCAGUUGGAAAGGCUCUGAAGCGAAUGUACAAAUAAAACGUGUAGCCUGGGAAGACAGCUUAAAUCUUAGCUGUUAAUUGUGUUCUAAGAGCGAAACACGUUUUACGUUUCGAUCAACGAUCUGCGUGCAACCGGCGACAGAUAUUGUUAUAACUGGAAGCGUUACGACCCACUUGAUCGCAUUGCCGCACGACGCCGACAUCGAUACAGACACAGAAACAAACGGAAACAGGGAGACCCCCAUCCAGACACCAUGAGCUCGGCCAUUGUGGGCGCCGCUUCGGCUAUUGGGGGUGCGGUAACGGCCGCGACUAGCAACAGCUGGUUCAUACCCAUGCUAAUGGCCGCCGUGGCCUAUUUUCAAUAUGAGGAGAUCAUGGAUCCCGAGUCCAAAUUAAGCGAUCUGAGCAGUGACGAAUUACUGGAUCACUACGAUUUUAUUGUGAUAGGAGCCGGGUCGGCGGGAGCCGUAGUGGCCAAUCGACUAACAGAAGUGGAAAAUUGGAACGUAUUGCUACUGGAGGCGGGCGGUGAUGAGACAGAACUGACGGAUGUGCCCCUCAUGGCGGGCUAUUUACAGCUAUCCAAGAUUGACUGGCAAUACAAGACGGAACCUUCGGGCACAGCCUGUUUAGCCAUGCAGAGCGGGCGCUGCAAUUGGCCACGUGGCAAAGUGCUCGGCGGCAGCUCUGUCCUGAACUACAUGCUUUACCUGCGGGGAUCAAAAAUCGACUACGACAAUUGGGAAGCCAUGGGCAACCCGUCCUGGUCAUAUCGCGAUGCACUCUACUACUUUAAGAAGUCGGAGGAUAACACGAAUCCAUAUCUGGCUAGCACUCCAUACCAUGCUACCGGGGGAUAUCUGACGGUGGGCGAAGCACCCUACCAUACCCCGCUGGCGGCCAGCUUUGUAGAGGCCGGUGUCGAGAUGGGCUACGACAACCGUGAUUUAAACGGCGAAAAAAUGACGGGCUUCAUGAUCGCUCAGGGCACCACACGGCGUGGUUCACGCUGCUCCACAUCAAAGGCAUUCCUGCGACCGGCACGUCUGCGACCCAAUCUACACAUCUCUAUGAACUCGCACGUGACGCGUAUUAUGAUAGAUCCGGUGACCAAACUAGCCUUUGGCGUGGAGUUUGUCAAGGAGCAGAAAAUGUAUCAUGUUCGGGCCACUAAGGAGGUGAUUUUGUCGGGUGGCUCCGUCAACAGUCCUCAGCUGUUGAUGCUGAGCGGCGUGGGACCACGUAAGGAGCUUGCCAAGCACCGUAUACCGGUAAUCAAAGAGCUAAGUGUGGGCGAGAACCUUCAAGACCACAUUGGACUGGGUGGCUUAACGUUUCUGGUCAACCAACCGGUGUCCAUUGUCGAAAACCGUUUCCACACCAUGUCCACGGUACUUCAAUAUGCGGUUUUUGGCCAGGGUCCACUCACAAUUCUUGGCGGCGUCGAAGGCUUGGCAUACGUGAACACCAAAUACGCCAAUAGCUCUAUGGACUGGCCGGACAUCGAGUUCCACUUCGUGUCUGGUUCUACGAACUCGGAUGGUGGUUCGCAACUGCGCAAGGCACAUGGCCUAACCGAUUCCUUCUAUCGCUCUGUCUUCGAAAAGAUAAACAACCGUGAUGCGUGGAGCAUCAUUCCUAUGCUGCUCCGACCCCGCAGUGUAGGCAGUAUUAAGCUGCGUAGCGGCAACCCUUUCGACUACCCGUACAUCUUCCCCAACUAUCUGGCCGACGAAUUCGACAUGAAGACCCUAAUUGAGGGUGUGAAAAUCGCAGUGGCCCUCUCACGCACCAAGGCCAUGCAGCGUUUCGGCUCACGCCUAUCUACCAUUCGCUGGCCAGGAUGCGAGAAGGUGCCCCUCUUCACUGACGCCUACUGGGAGUGCAUGGUAAGACACUACACAUCCACAAUUUAUCACCCAGUUGGCACCUGCAAAAUGGGACCAUACUGGGACAAGGAUGCGGUCGUGGAUGCUAAGCUGCGGGUCUAUGGCAUUCGCGGUUUACGCGUCAUCGAUGCCAGCAUCAUGCCGAAGCUAGUCUCGGCCAAUACGAACGCGCCGGUCAUCAUGAUCGCGGAGAAGGGUAGCGACAUGAUAAAGGAGUUUUGGAUUAAAAAUACACUUGUCUGAUCUUAAGCCCCCAUCUGAGGGGAAUAUACAUAUACAUAUGUAUCUUCUGUAUUUUGUGUGCGUGUCAUAUUAGAGUUUGUAUGCGAUUGUGACUGAAUAAUUGAGUGAAUAUCUGCCUGCUUGUUUGUUUGUUUGUUUGUUUGUCUUUAGA